UGAAUCCCACCAGGCUUCUUCUCUCUCCUCUGUCCUCUCCCGCACAAGCACACACACAUCCAUCAACCAUGUCAAUUGAGUGAGAGAAACGGAAGUUGGGGGAUUUAUUUCUCAUGUGGAGUGAGUUGAAAGAUUGCCAAAAUUAGAGGUGGAUAUCGCAUAUUUCUUGCUUCUUCAUUGAAUGAAUCUCCCUUUUUCUGUUGGAUAAGCAACUGCUGCAUCUGAUGUUAGUGAGAAGUAGCUCUGAUGACGCAAUUCACACCACAACCAUUUGGGGCAUUGCUUGCAAAUCUUUGACAUUUAAAACCGAGCAUUGCUAUAACUGAGGAUGGGAGGUUUGUCGUUUGAACCAACAAUCUUCUGCCCGCUUGAUUAUGUGACUCUAGGGCUCAAGGACCCCAUCAAGGACUACCUGGGAAAGCCCCGGAUCCUUUCACUUCUUUCAGUCAUUCUGGAUAAAACUGUCGACGAAAAUGAGAAGAUGCUUGUGACAUCAGAAGCCAAAGAUGUCAUAACUGUUUUCCAUGGUACAAGAGCGCCUUCUCUGAGCAUUCAGCAAUACAUUGAUCGCAUUUUUAGGUAUUCCAACUGCAGUCCUUCCUGCUUCGUUAUCGCACAUAUAUACUUGGACAGAUUCAUUCAACGGACAAACUUAUGCCUGAAUUCCCUCAACAUCCACCGCCUUCUUAUCACUAGUGUAAUGGUGGCAGCAAAGUUCAUUGAUGACGCAUUCUUCAACAACGCAUAUUAUGCUAGAGUCGGAGGCGUCUCCACUAGAGAAUUGAACAAGCUAGAGAUGAAGUUUCUCUUUGGAGUGGAUUUCCAGCUUCAUGUUAGCGUGCAGACAUUUAAGAAAUAUUGCUCGAUCCUGAAACAGGAAGCCUCAUGUGGACUCAUUGAACGCUCCAUCCCCAUAUGUGGAACGGAAGACAGCUGCACAAGCAGCAAUGAUGAUGGCGCCCUCUGUUCUGCUUCAGUCUCUUGAUGAGAAACUUGUACAUGCUGAUGCACAUUCAGCAUCGAGGAGACGAGGCUCAUUCCACCUGUUAAUUGCAGCCUACUGUAUCUGAUAAAAAUGAGGGCUUGAUAGUAGUUUUUGUUGGCACAUAGAUUUUUUCUGGGCUUCCCUUCUUUUUUUUCGUGUUGUUUGGUGGUCCCAUGUAUUGUAUUCUUCAGUCUUGAAAGUAAAACUGGAACUACGAUUCUUUAAUUGAUAAUGUCAUUUGAUA